AAACUUCUCCCACCAGAUCUGAGUUGCGAGCAGCCUUAAAACAUCAUUUUAUGUUUUCUUAUAUCACUUUAAUGCUUUUUAUGUAGUCGGGCCUUACUAACUGAGUCACUUCUGCUUGGAUUCUUCUCAGCUAUCACAUCAACCUGAACAUUGAUGCGGCUGUGAAAGCUAUUGUGGGAAUUUUCAGCCUGGUGACAGGUCGAACGCCCUGUUUUUCUGUCUACGGAGGGAGCAGCAGAGAAAAUCUGGCACUGCAGAAUGUGCAGGCUAGAGUAAGAAUGGUCCUUGCUUACCUGUUUGCUCAGCUGACGCUUUGGACUCGUGGGAUGCCAGGGGGGCUUCUGGUGCUAGGAUCAGCCAAUGUGGAUGAAAGUCUUCGAGGUUACUUGACAAAGUAUGAUUGUUCAAGUGCUGAUAUCAAUCCCAUUGGUGGAAUCAGUAAGACUGAUUUGAAGAACUUCAUACAGUACUGCGUUGAAAACUUCCAGCUCACAGCCCUCAGAAGCAUCAUGGCAGCUCCACCUACUGCAGAGCUAGAGCCCCUGGUGGAUGGACAAGUGUCUCAAACUGAUGAGGCAGAUAUGGGGAUGACAUAUGCAGAGCUCUCAAUCUAUGGUAAAUUAAGAAAGAUUGCAAAGGCUGGACCAUACAGUAUGUUCUGUAAGCUGAUUAAUUUGUGGAAGGAAAUUUGUACUCCGAGAGAGGUGGCAUCAAAGGUUAAGCAUUUCUUCAGGAUGUAUUCAGUGAAUAGGCAUAAAAUGACCACCCUCACUCCUUCCUACCAUGCUGAAAACUACAGCCCAGACGACAACCGAUUUGACCUGAGGCCUUUCCUUUAUAACACCUCCUGGUCCUGGCAGUUUAGGUGUAUAGAUAACCAGGUGUCCCAUCUAGAAAAAAAGGAAGGAAUAUCUGUAGCUGAAGAUACGGAUUGAUUUGCUGUCUUGUUUAAUACUGGUAAUUACUUUGUCAAACAGCAUUCAAAUCUGGAGUGUGCUGUGAUGAUGAGGAGAGACGACCCAAACAAUUGUUGGAAUGAUCAUUGUGAGUGGUAUUUACAAUCAAGGUCUUUUUUGCUCCUCUUUGAUUUGUCUCUGGUUUGUUCCCAGUACACUUCAGCCCUAGUCUAGCUAAAGAAUCAUUCAUUAAGGAUUUUCAUCAGCUACUUCAAUUAAUUGCCUUUAAUUGAAAAUAUUUGGAUAAGCUCAUCAAACGUAAAAGCAGGGGAGUCUUGUGAAAGUGUAUGCAUGUACGAAUACUGAUUGGUUCUGGUUGUUUGGAAAUUAUUUUUAAUAUUCCACUGAAAGAAUAAAACUGAAAACAGGUCUGGCACGUGCUGUUGAGGGGGGGAAAAUCAUUUUCCUUGGCAAUAAACUUCUCAUUUUGUAAUGGUAAUUUA